AGCAGCUGCUCCGGGCGUAGCGACCGCACAAAUCCGCUGCCUUUACAGGCGAGCUGAAAGCGCUUUCAGCUUUCCAAGCGCGGCUCUCGGGAUGCAGCCGGCACUAGGACCUGCCCGGAGCCUGUCCGCGCCGGCCCUAGGGAGCGGAUGAACACAGCAGAGCGCGGGGGCUGCGGCCGCGCCGGCCCCGGGAGCCCCGCGCCGCCACCCGCGUCACCGCGUCCGCCGAUGCCCCAGCUCUGCCGGGUCACGGCCUCGCUGCUCCUGGGCACGGCCAGGGCAGCGUGCGACGAGGAGCUGCUGGCGCGGGAGGGGGUCACCUUCUGCGUGAAUGUCACCCGGCAGCAGCCGUUCCCCGCGCUGCGGAGCGUCCGCGGCCUCCGCGUGCCCGUGUUCGACGACCCGGCCGAGGACCUGCGCCGCUUCUUCGAGCCCUGCGGCGCCGCCAUCGAGGAGGCCGUGCGGGCCGGGGGGAGAUGCCUGGUGUACUGCAAGAACGGCCGCAGCCGCUCCGCCGCCAUCUGCACGGCUUAUCUGAUGAGGCACCGGCAGCUCCCGCUCAAGGACGCGUUUGAGGCUGUGAAAACUGCCAGACCCGUAGCAGAACCGAAUGCAGGAUUUUGGUCUCAGCUGCAGAGAUAUGAAGAAGAUUUGCAGAUAACAAAGCAGCCUGCUCUGCUGAGCAAAGGACUUAAAAAUAGCGAUGUGUGAAGAUUCUUUAAAGAAAGGGAAGUGACUUGCUACAGACUUUAAAAACAAAGGGAAAAAAUCACUUCCUAAAUCACCUGUAGGUAAAACACUUUACCCCCAUAACUGAGCUGAUGGUUCAUUAAAUUCCUUCAGAGCAUUUCUGUUGGUAAUGCAUGGAAAGAGGGCAAGAUAAUCAGGGAAUAACAGCAGAAACAGAAAAUGGUUGGAAGGACUGAAAACAAACAGAGAAAGGCAUGAGUAUGGUAACAAUGUACUGACCGAAGGAAGGCAUUACCACAUGGGGAUUUUAUUCCUGUUUUUUAAAUAAACUUCCCAGCAAUGCCAUUAGAAGACAUGAUGUCAGACCAAGGAAGUUCUGAAUUUCUCUCUCACCUACUGGAUCAUAACUCAUUUUAAUGAGCUGACACAGCCUUUGGUGGGAAACUGACAGUGGUUGAUGCUUUGUCUCUGUGAUUUUCCUUAUGCUCAACUAGACCAAAGCACCUUCACAAAUUACCUAAAAAUCCAGAGGACAGAUUAUACAGGUGAUGGUAAGGAGUUCUGCUCCCACCAUGCAGGCUAAGUGCCUUUUCAGCUUUUGAAAUUGCUCUCUAAAACACCAAAGGAAUUAUUUUAAAAACUGCAGAUGAUAGUGGAGGGAAGAAGAUGACACUGGCAAUGUAGAAGUAAUUUUAGCUUUACUUACUAAGUCUAACAGGGCCCAGUUCAUGCCUCAAUGUCUCAGUUUACUAGUCAGCUGUUCCUGCAAGCAAGCAGCAUGGCUAAAUCAUUUCUGCUGAGACUGCUUACAGGUUGCCCUCUGAAAUUAUCUAUUGGGCAUGAAACUUCCAGAUCAGACUGCUACGUGUUUAUCAUUAGCCAUUCAAAACAGUUUUGUCAAACUGUAUGAACAGAUUUGUAAUUUAAAGGGGACAAGUUAUGGAACCUGAGAACCUGCAGGGUGAAAUUCCAUUCCACCUUGCUGAAGCAUAAAUACAAAGUAAAGUUAGCUCACUGCCAUCUGCCUAUGUGCUCACACAAGGUAAACAUAUGCUCCCAGCAGUGGAGUAGUUUUAAGGCAGAAAUUCUAAUGGUGGAACAAUGACAGAAAAUCAAACCACCAGGGAAUUACAUGAAUUCAACAAUUCAGAUGCAGUACAAGUUCCCAAAGUUAAAGACUGCUCAAAGUUAAAGUAGUGUUAUUUUAAAAGCUGAAACCAUAGAAAUAAAAAUAAAAAUUUCAGGCUAUCAUUUUCUUAGUUACCACAAGGCAUUUUCGCACCAGAUGCUUUCUCCACUCCCAGCUGUGUUUUUUCAUUCUGUAUAAUUUAUCUUCUGUAUCUGCAUUACAGCCAACAAGAAAAUUGUUGUAUAUCUUCAGAUUUGAAGGUGAUUCUAGCAGAUUUGCUAGAAACAUUUUUGUAGCUUUUAUAAACCUUGAAUAUCAUAUAUAACAAGAGUUUCAAUAUAAUGUAAGAUCCUUAUUAGAGAAUUCCACUUGUCAAAAAAUAUGUUUCAGUCUGUGGAACAAAGUUUAUUUCUUGUCAAAAGCUUAAGCUGCUACACAAAAGAAGGAAGCUAAACAUUAAUGAAAACAAAACACAUUUCUAACUGUGAGGCAUAUGAACUUGCAGUCAGAUACAGCUAUCAGUUCCACAUGUUUGAGUCAGCUGAAAUAGGAACCAUUGCUCUCGAGUGUCAGCAUAUACUGCACUCUGGUUAAAUUUUACCAGGCUUCUCAGCAUGCAGAAAACCUUCAUGCCACAGGAUUUCACGUCACGGCAUCUUCUGUAGAAAGCUAUUUACAUUGGAAAACCAUUGCUAUUUACAUUGAAAGCCAUAUCUCCUCCUGGUACUGCUCCAAAUUAAGGCAUAGGAUUGCAACUUGGAACCAGAAUAAAGAAGUAGUUCACCUCUUUA